AUGUCAUCACUCAACCCACCGAAGCGGCUGAAGCUGAAGGAGAACCAGAUGGUGGUGACGAUGCGCGAUCUGCCGGCCGGGCCGCUCAAGCGCAAGCUGCCCCUCGGCAACUACGUCAGCGCGGACAACGUGCUGCCCCCAGCCGUCACGAUCGCGACCCUCGCCAAGCAGCUGGCGGGCGCCGGCCCACCUGCCGGGCCCGGCCUGCCCGGCCGAAAGCGCUCGAGCGAGCCGCGCACCGCCGUGUCCGCGGUCGAGCGGCGGAAUGCGCGCGAGCGCAACCGCGUCCAGCAGGUCAACAACGGGUUUGCCGCGCUGCGCCAGCGCAUCCCGGACGAGAUAGCGGAUGCGUUCGAGGCGGGCACGACGGCCCGCGGCGUCCACAAGAAGCUCAGCAAGGUGGAGACGCUCCGGAUGGCGGUCGAGUACAUCAAAAGCCUCGAGCGGCUGCUGGAGCAGUCGGGCACGGCGGCGGGCCGUCUGCCGGCGGCCUUCCCGCCGGUCGACACGCCGGAAACGCAGCUGCCCGCGACGCCGCCGCCCGAGCCGGCCGGCCAGACCGGCAGCAACUUCUUCCUCGCAAUCAAGCCCCGCACCGACCUGGCGGGUGGCAACGUGCCGGCCGGUAGCGCCGAGACGCAGAUCACCAUCAUCAACGGGCACCAGUACAUGCGCAUCCCCGGCACCAACACCUUCCAGUAUCUGGAUCCCGGGCGGCUGCACGACGAAGAGGACAGCGGUUCGGUCGGCCGGACCGAACCGCCGCGCACUGGCAGACACCAGUACGUGGAAGAGGAGGACGAGGAGGAGGAGGUGGUGGGGGAAGAAGAGGACACGUGCUCGAGCAGUGGGGAUCUGCUGAGCGAGUCGGCGAUCGCCCUGUCCCCGCAGAGCAACUUUACGCUCGAGCCGGACACGGACUCGAAGCGCGACGUCGAUUCGCUCUACCAGUCGCUGGUGGCCCAACCGGACGGGGGCGUGUUCGACCAGCAGCAGUACGACGACCUGAUGCUGAUCAAGUCCGAGCUGCAGGACGAGGCGGACCUCGCCGAGGACGCAUCCUUUCUCAGCUGUUUCAAGAUCACGCACGCACACAUGCACAUGCCGUCGCUGUCGCUAGAUCCUUCGCUUGGGCGGAUGCACACCAGUCAUGGGGACGAAUAUGACGACCGAACAAUGAACUCGACCGAGGCCCGUGUCCCGGGCAAGGUUAAGGACAACGGAAGUGGAUACCGGAAUGCAAAUGGCGCACAGCUUCCUGGCACUCAAAGCCACUAUACAGCCGUUCCGUGCGCUGCUUCCGUGCGCUGCUUGCUUUCCUUAAGUCGAAAAAAGCGAACGAAAACAAUGCGCCAGCUAAACAAAGAGCACACCAGCCAGCGCAAGCCACCCGAGCGGCUUGUGAGAGAAGAUGGGCAAGAAAAAAGCAACGCAUCACUGUAG